UGCCUGGCAAAUGUAAACAAAGCUCUUCAUGUGGAAUUGGGGAAGCAAGAGAAAGUGUGUUCUGGCUUAAUCUUCUAUAGACAAUCAGGAGGAAAUCAAAAACCUUCGGAAGAAGGAGAGACAUGGGGAAGCAGCCAGUGAGAAUGAAGGCGGUGGUGUAUGCUCUUUCACCAUUCCAGCAGAAGACAAUGAGUGGUCUCUGGAAGGAUCUGCCCACCAAGAUCCACCACAAGGUCUCUGAGAACUGGAUCAGCGCCACCCUUCUUCUCGCCCCUCUCGUCGCCACUUACACUUAUGUGCAGCAGUACAAGGAAAAGGAGAAGUUGGAGCACAGGUACUGAGGUCAUGAAUGUGGUCAAAGGAAUGUUUGCUUUUAUGUGGAAGACUUAAUAUUUUUCUUGUUUUACUAGAAAAUAAGCUGAAUGCUUGGGUGUUAGCUGCAAUUGCAGUUAUCAAAAUUUAGCAAACUUUUGUUUGUGAAUCAUUCUACUUGUAGCCAAUGUUUAAUCUCUUUUUGUCCUUGACAUGUUGUCAGAAUUGCUAAAUAUUUAACAAAUUUGGGGUUAAACUUUUGCCAAUUA